AUGGCAAUGCUGGGCCAUCGCUCCGUGUCUCUGCCGCAGCUGCACCCGUGGAUUCGCGGCGUGGACGGCAGCGAGGCCGUCCUUGAGGCUCAGUGCGGGGAGCCGAGCGACGUCCCUGGGCGCAUGCAUUUGAACAGGCCGGACGAUCAGCAAGGGCAGCCGCAGCAGCAACAGGCGCAGCAGCAGCAGCAACAGGUGCAGCAGCAGGAGGAAGAGGUGCAGCAAGAGCGGCAGCAGCGGGAGGAGCAGCAGCAGCAGCAGUCCGCCAGUGCUGUGUUGGGUCCUCGGUCCGUGGCCGUCUCCCUCACCGUCGACCACGCCUUUGGCUUCGCAUCCCCAGCAUCCCUCCCGCCCGCAGUGCUCUCCGCCCUCGCAGCGCUCGCGGAUUCAGCACGCCACCAGGCUGGCGGGUGCUCCCCGCUCACAGCGGAGGGGACGGCGGACGGCGCCUUGCCUCCCGCGCUUGAAGGCAUCCUACGGAGCGCACCUCCCGCCGGCCCAGGCGACGCGGGAUCGGUUGGUGGGUCGGCUGUUGCAGAGAGGUAUGGGCAGUGGAACGGUGAGAGUGGGUCUUACUCCUUGCUGCUGCCGGCUGAUGCCCCUGCCGUCGCAGCAGCCACUGUCGGCGCAGCUGACAGAGCAAGCUCGUCGGAGACCCAACAAGCAGCAGCAACAACGGCAUCACAACCAGCCGCAUCAACAGGAGCAAGCGCAGCAGUAGCAGCGACAGCAGCAGCGGCAGUGGCGGUGGAGGCUCAGGCAGCGAGUGUGGAAUCAUUACAAGGAGCGCUUGCAGGCAAGGCCAGCAGUUGGGGACUUGCCACCGCUGCGCCUGAUGCCGUGCCACCCGUUGUGGCAGCCGAGGCGGAGGCAGCGACGGGCGAGGGCGAGGAGGGGGCGGAAGCAGCGCUGCUGGCAGUGGAGGUGCGGUGGAAGGGCGCACGCGCAGGGCUGAUGGGGUCCAUGUUCGGGCGCUCCGUGAAGCGCGGGUGCAGCAGCGCACAGCCGCCGCGCGGGCCGCACGGGAUGGUGCGGUGGGAGGAGGGCUUCGCGCACGACUGCCACCUGCUGCCCUGCCCCGCCGCCCUGCGCGCCGCCCGCGGGCAGGGCGAGCCGUGCGGCAAGGGCUGCCUCUUCCAGCCGUGGGAGGUGCUGCUGCUCGUGCACAAGCAUGCACCCAGCAGGCCCAGGGAGCGACCCCAGCAGGUGGCGUCGGUGGUGCUGGACGUGGCGCCGCUCGCCUCACCGCUCUCCACGCAGCCCCUCACGCACCACCUGCUGCUCCUCUUCGCCCCCCCCGACUCGCCCCCCGUCGGCCUGCUGCAGGUGACAGUGGAGUGCACCCAGCUGCCGCAAGCAACAUCCGUCCCCCCGUCCCCAGUCGCACUCCAGUCGGCAGCACCAGUCCCGGCCCAAGCCUCAGCACCGGCGACAGUGCCAGCCACGCCAGCCGCGGGCGCGCCAGCAGCAGCAGGGACGGGGGUGAGGGAGGCUGGGGGUGGCGGGGUGCACCUGGGGGGGCUGUGGGGGUGGCAGCGGCGCAGCCGGGAGAGCAAGAGCCCCGCGCUGCCCCUGGGCGCGGUAGGCGAGCGCGGGGGGCAUGGGGCUGCAGGCAGCGGCAGCGCGGAGCAGAGCAACGGAGGUGGGCAGCAGGAGGAGGCCGAUUGGGUGCAGGGAGGGGACGGCGAUACAGAGUGGGAGCAGGUGGAGCGGAGGGCGAGUGAUGGCGAGGAGGGGGAGAGUGGGCCUGGCGGGCAGGGGAUGGAGGGGCGGCAGGCGAGCAGCGCGGAUGGGAUGGAGGCCUUGGCUAGUGGUGGUGGUGACGGCCAUCGUGGGGUGGGGCUGAGCAGUGGGAACACAGCGAGGCACACAGGUGGUGCCGUGGAGCAGCAGGGAGCGCGUGAAGUUUCUGUGGCGGCGGGGGAAGGCGAGUCCCUGGCAGGCAACAGGGGGGCGUCUGGCAAUGGGGACGUGAGCGGUGGUGCGGACACAGGCGCUGGCGCGAGCACCGGUGCGGGCGCCGGCACGGGCGUGGGCACGGGCAUGAGCAUGGGGCUGCUGGAUGUGCUGCGAGGAGGGGUGUGGCGGCGGUCAGUGUCGGUGGAUGGGGCAGGGCGGGCGCGGGGCAGGCCAGGCGGGAAACAGGUGGCGGGACUAGGAGGGGUGGGUGAUAAGGGGACGGGGGAGGAGGGCGAAGAGGGUGAGAAGAAGGAGCGAGGGAGCAACAUCCUGUGGGAGGGGAAUGGGGUGGUGACAAGGGAGUUGGCAGUGUGGGAGACGGCAGGGGAGGAUGCAGAGAGGGGGGGGGGAGGAGAGGCAGAGAGUGAGUGUGAGGAGGGCGAGGAGGAGAUGGUAGCAGCGGAGGCGCUGUGCUAUGGGCCGCUGGCAGAGGUGAACCUGGGAGGGCACGUGGAAGGACCCGUACACACACGCAUGCGCAUGCUGCACCUGCUGCCCCACGCUCUGCCCUCGCCCCCUCGCACCCUCUCCCUGCCCGGCCAACCCUCUAGCGCGCAUAGUGAGAGAGGGCAGGCUGCAAUGCAAGAAGCGCACGUGGCUCCACUGGAGGGAGGCAGGGAGGGAGGUGGUGAGGAGGGAGCCGUGGGCGCAGAGGGUGGGGGAGGUGCAGCGGAGGAGGAGCAGCGAACAACUGCUCCUCUGAGGUCCCCCUUAGCGCCACGCCUCUUCACCUUCACCUCGCCCUUCCUCUUCUUCUCCUCCACCCCCCGCCUGCCACCUGCUCCUGCGCCCACACCCGACCUGCCCUCACCACCAGCGCCACAGCCCGCAUCGUCAGCACCAGAAGCCACGUCUGAACUCGCACCUGCUGCCUGUGCCGGCUCCACCCAAGGCGAGCAAGGCCCUCCCCCUCCCCAAGGCAGCAGGGACUCGUCCCCCAUCUCACCACUCGACCCCCUCCCUGCCGACGCUCCUCCCCCUUCCAAGUCCUUUCUCCUCCCGCCCUUCCUCCCAGCUAAGCCCCUUGCUGCUACAUCAGGCGGAGGUGGGGCCGGGGGCGGGGGUGGAGGGGGUGCAGGCGUGGGUGCAUUCCUGCGGCGGCCGCUGCUCUUCUUGCGCACGCUGUCGCUGCAGGAGAGGGGCGAGCCACUGCUGCACAAGGCGUACGGGGAGGAGGGGGGCGACGAGAUCGACUGGGACAGGCGCAAGGCACUUGAGGCCGAGCAGGAGCAUCCCCUUUACAAGCUGCCUCUGGAGGAGCAGCAGGCAGCGAGUGCAGGGGAGGCAGAGGCAGAGGCAGUGUCCCCAUCGGCAUCGAGCGUGCGAGAGCUGUUUGGGGACGAGUUCCGCGUGGGGCAGUGGGAGCGCUGUGAGGUGGUGAGUCGCGACGGCACGGCACGGCUGUGCGCACCGGUGUUCCUAGCAACCGUGGACCAGUGCCACGCCAGUGCAGCAGGCGAGGGCGCGUGUGCGCUGCUGGUGGCGCACAUAGCGGCGUGGGUGCAUGCGCACGGGGAGGGCACGCUGCCGGGGCAGGCGGAGCUGGACGACCUCAUCCGUGCCGGGUCGGCGGACUGGCGGCGCCUGCGCGCGCUCAGCGACUUGCACCAGCGCUUCCCUGACGGGCACUUUGAUCUCGACACCGUGCUGGCUGCCGUGCAGCACUCCCACUCCGAUGCACCCCCCCAUACAGACCGUGGCGGGCAGGCUGUGGGUGCAGAGGUCAGCAAGCAGGCAGCUGACAAGGAUGGUGGAGGAAACACAGACUCUGGUGGCGCCCAUGCCGGCAGCAGCGGCAGCAGCGAUGGUGGGGAGGCGGCAGCCAUUCCCCGGCUGCCACUGUGUGUCGUGCCCAGCCAGUCGUUCGUGGGCUUCUUCCAACCGCCCUGCCUUGCUGCCAGGCGCGCCAAGGAGGACGCCGCCCGCACGCAGGGCAGCAGCGCAGCAGAAGGUGAUGCGGCGGAUGUGUGCACUGUGGAUGAGAGCGGUAGAGGUACAGAGGAGGGGGAUGGGGGGAAGGAGGAGGAAGUGGUGGGGAAGCACACAGGCAGUUCGUCAGACAUAGGAGAAAAGGGAAAUGGGGCUGAAGCGUUGUUGGAAGGAGGAAAGCAAGAGCGGGCGUCUAGUGUGGAGAGCCCAGAAGGUGUGGGGGAGAAGGGCGUGGAGGAGAAGGGCAUGGAGCAGCUGAGCUUUUUGGAGGGCAUGCUGUCGUUUGAUGACAUCUGGGAGGCGGUGGUGCAGGCAGGCGAGGGCGUGUACAUCGUGGCCUGGAACGACCACUUCUUCCUCCUCCUCCUGCGCCGCUCCCAAUCCCACCAGCACCAGUACCACCACCAGCAGCAACACGGGCGUGGGGGCGCGCAGGCAGUACUAGAUAUGCCUGUGGGGGAGCACACAGGUGAAGGUGCAGGCCAUGGUGGCACAGAGGGGGAGGCAAGCGGGGAGGGCAUGGAGUGUGUGUUGAUUGACACGCUGGGCGAGCGGCUGCACGAGGGGUGCUCGCAGGCCUUCAUGCUGCUCUUCAAUGCCUCCUCCUGGGUGGACGUGGGCCUGCCUCCCACUGUUGUGCCCGGAAGCACUGCUGCAGGGGUGGCAGGCGCAGGAGGAGGAGGAGGAGGAGGAGGAGAGGGUGGUGCAGGUGAUGGUAGUGGGGGGCAGGCAAAAGCGCAGGGUACUGGUGACAGCAGUGAGCAAAAAGGCAGGGCAGACGAAGCAGAGAGGGCAGAGGAUAAGGCAGGCGGCAUUGGUGCUCAGGUGCCCAAGCUAGAGACGGGCAGGCGAUGGGGUGUGAAGGCAGGCAAGGGCAGUGGCAAGGGCAAAGAUGGCAGUGGGAAGGGCAAAGGCAGCAGUGGGGUGGACACUGGAGCAGGGGGGGUGGGUUCCCAUCCACAUGGGGUGAACGAUACGGUGAGCUGUGAAGUAGAUGUUGCUAAGGGGGUAGACGUGAAAGAGGGAGCAGCACAAGGAACGCAUGUCGCAGAAGUGGAAGGGGUGGUGCUUCAAGCAAGGCAAUUGAAUGAAGGCAUCACUUUGCUCCCUGCCGACACUCACGGCGUGCCUGCUGCCAUCGCUGUCACUCCAAACCAUGUAGAUAGUCCUCCCGCAGACAACUGCAGCCCACCAUGCGGAGAUGAGUCAGCAUCCACUGCAGCUGACUCAGUGCUUCCUACAGCAGUGCAUGCAGCCAAGACAGCAUGUCUGCUGACACACACUGACGGUCCAUCACGGUCACCCAUACACGAGAAGGAAACCAGCAACACCAAUUUUGACGGGUGUGCAAGCAGUGAGCAGCCCACCCAAACCCCGUCGUGCACUGCUGGUUCGUCUCCUGCCUGCAUCGCCACUGCCGCCUCCCCUCCCACCUCGGCGGCACCUGCUUGUGGCGGGGAGGGCGAGGGGGACGCAGCUCCAGUGGCGGCAGGGAGGAGGGUGUGGGGAGCGGAGGCGUGCCGAGAGUACCUCAAGGCGUUCCUGGCGGCGGUGCCGCUGGCGGAGGUGGAGAGUGACCUGCGCAAGGGGCUGCUGGCGUCACCCGAAGCCAUCCACCGCCGCCUGCAGGUGGAGCUCCACUUCACCCGCCUCGAAGAUAUGCCACACUGGCCAUAA